CUUCCUCCACCCCCCCUGAUCUCCCACUAUCAUGGACAAGGGCCCAUCAACUCCCCCUGGUCUGGGCCACCAGAAACGACCCCGCGUUUCGGAGGAGAACCGCAAAAGAGCGGUGCGAGCUUGUGAUGGGUGUCGCCGAGUGAAAGAGAAAUGCGAAGGAGGCGUGCCCUGCCGUCGAUGCCUCCGUUAUCGUCGCCAGUGUGUCUUCACCCACCCCGAGCAUGCGGAGAAGCUCGCGCGAUCCUCGUCAGUCUCGAUCCUGGAACGAACCGCCGCACGCAGUCGCCAUGAUAUGCUCGAGUCGGAGCGCAUCCGCUACAUGGAAUGCAUUUUACAGCACUAUGUCCCGAAUAUCUCGUUUGAUAUCCAGUCGCUCCGGAAGACUGCGGAGGAAUUGAAGAAUAAGCAUCGUGGUUCGGAGUCGGAAGGACGGCCCUCGAUUCAGCUUGAUAGUGAGGAUCUCGAGGAUCUGGCUAUUGAGGAUGAGGAUUUUACGAUUAAGGCGCUGCCUGAUAAUACGACGCAAUAUUCCGGCGAAUUUUCCUAUUUGAACUUUUCUAUGAAGAUCCGAAAAAAGAUUGAUGAAUGGAUGAAAGCGGCGACACCGGAGGCGUCGACCGAAGCAGAACCGUACGAAGAGCGAUGGCGUGCGACACAGUUACAAUCAGGCUCGGCUGUGGUAUCGGCAUCGGUCACUUGUCUUCCUCCUCGCUUUGUCGCAGAUUUCUUAGUACAGAUCUUUUUCAAGUAUGCGCAAACCAACAACUUUUACGUGGAAGAGGAUUGGCUGCGAGAAAAGCUCAACACUUGUUACACAAACCCCGGAAGUCUCUCCUGUAACGAUGCCGGCUCUGUCUGCGCUAUACUGAUGGUUCUUGCUAUUGGAACACAGUUCGCCCACAUGGAAUCGGCUCCUCCGGUAAAUCGCUUGUCGGUCAACUCAUCAAAUCCGGAUGAUCACGGUUUCUCAGAGGAUGAGGUUGGCCUUACGUUUUACCAGUUUGCUUCGAAACUUGUCCCAGAUAUCAUUGCUGCAGCAUCUAUACGGAGCGUCCAGGCAUGCCUGUUGAUCGGGACAUAUCUACUACCCUUGGACACCUCCGGUCUUUGCUACACCUACUUGGGUCUGGCUCUCAAGAUGGCUAUUCAGAAUGGCAUGCAUCGGAAGUACUGCGGAGAGGGACUUCCGGCUCAUGUCAUUGAAGUUCGGAACAGAGUAUUCUGGACGGCGUACACCAUCGAAAAGCGUGUUAGCAUUCUCCAUGGACGGCCAGUCUCUCUAUCAGAGACAGAUGUGGAUGCUGCCUUGCCCGUGGAUUUCCCGGGAUUGAUGCCAUCGGGGCAAGUAUCGAACCAUACUAAUAUGGUUGCACUGAUUACAUUGACUCUGAAAUUAGGGGAAGUGGUGAAUGAAAUCUCGGUCCUCCGGAGAUCUCGAAAAGGCCAGCAACAGGAUUGCCUUGAAAGAUUUCUCAAUUUGCGAAAGCAUUUAGUAGACUGGUGGACUACAUUGCCUGAAGAAACCGUCUGUCGAGACCUCAACCCAGCUGGUCCCCUAUUCCGACCCAAUGUCCAUCUAAAGCUAGAUUAUUGCCUGACUAGAAUCUUCCUUGGACGGCCAUUCCUGUUUAGUACCAUGAAGGGAUUCUCUUUACCCACCACCUUCCAAGGCUCACCGUUCAAGACGCCAUCGGGUGUCUCGAAAAACCGCUCAACUCUUGUCACGGACUGCGUCGAAGCUGCUCUCGAAAUCGUUGAUAUCUGCCGUCUGCUCCGUGACGAGACAGGUCUUGCGCGCGCAUCCUUCACCGAGUUCAGCUCUUGCCGUGCUGCUCUGUUGGUAAUCUUGGCCCAAAGCUUGACAAAGCGCACAGAGAGGCUUCGCGAAGCUUUGCAGAAGGGCAUGGCCUUGAUCAAGAUCAUGUCGAUGGGAGUUGGAUCGGCCAGGUCUGCCGUGAGCGUGAUUGAGGCACUCGAAAGGGCGAUUUCCCGUCUCGAGGAGUGUAGUGAGUCGCAAGCUUCAGGUCACUCCGGAUCUAUUGAGUCGGCCUACGACCGUUUUAAAAACUGGGAAAUGCUAUGGAAAACAGGGCCCAUCUCCCCGCAAACGCACACUUUCCCAGAGCAAUUCCCACCUGGUGUAAAUGGAAUGCAACCGGUCUCCCUCACAUCCGCCGCCGCCGCCGCCACCGCAGCAGCAACAACAACAACCACAGCAACAACUGGCCCCUCUAAUGGCCACGAUCAAAUGGAAACUACAGUUCUACCGAACGGAAAUACAUCCACAUCUCCCGAUUUCCUCAUGUCCCAUACAUUAUCACAGAUGCCGCAUAUCGGCUACGACCAAUUUGUGUCGACUCUGCCCCAGGAACUUGGUGAAUUUACCGCCAUUCCUUGCUUCGAGGCUGACCCGCAGAAUCUUUCUGGGGAUAUAAAGCCGGACACAGGAUGGAUGCAGUUUAUGAGUGAGUGAGCGAGUGAGAGAUUGCUCUGCUCAUUGACUAGCCAGGAAAUCACAAUACAUUAUUUUACGAUUGUCGUCCAUAGCGUGAUGUUUAGCUGUCGACAUUAGCAUUAGCGGUGUUUAUAUCAUUUUUCGAUUUUCGGGACUGACUGGGGAAUUAUGUAGGAGGAUAUUUGUGAACCAGCUAGCUGAAGAUACAUACCUCCUAGAUACUGUCUAUUUAAUCUUUUGGAUUACUUGCAAUGAAUGGGGAUAUAAGAUAUAUAAUCAUG